AUGAAUUCUGCUCCAAUGGUUUUGAUAGACGUAGAAAAAUGGGGGUACUUUUAUAAGGAUUUCUACUCAUUAGACUUCCAGAGUGUUUUGAUUCCACGCUCAAAUUCCUUCUUUGGAACAAGCUACAUCAAACUCCCUCUUGAAGAGAAUACUGCGGUGUCAGAGGUUAGCAUACGCUUUCGAACAAGCCGCACCAAAGGACUUCUCCUGUAUGCCUUCAGCCAGGACAGUGCUCUAGUAGUGCGACUCAGGGAAACCAAGGUUGAGGCUGUACUGUUCUUUGGGGAUGAUGAAGUCACACUUCUUUCUCGGAGGAGACCAAAGCUUAACAAUUUGAGAUGGCAUCAAGUAGAGGUGACAUUGUCAGGGAGCCAAGGCAUUCUUUAUAUAGAUGGAGACCAAAAAGACUCAGAGAGUAUACCCAGAGACACUAUAUAUGCAGAAGAUAUUUAUGUUGGUGGAUCAAAUGACCUAAAGAGUCCCCAUUUAUCAGGUGUGGACAAAUACUUCCGAGGAUGCUUGGAGGAUGUCACAGUAGGCAAUAUCAAUGUUAUAGCAGCCUCGAUUAGCACCUCUGGAGGAAUCUAUCAUGAUAUCACUCGGGAAUGUAGCGUAGAGUUUGAAGCAGGCAUUGAUGAUCCCAUCAGCUUCGUCAAGGAAACUGCCUUUGUGUCAUUUCCGAAAUGGCACAUCCAGGAGGAAGGGUCGUUUGCCUGUUGGAUCCGCACCUCAGCACCCACUGGCCUUUUGAUGUUUAGUUACCAGGAUAGCAAUUUCAUAGCAGCAGAAAUCGAGAAUGGUCAUAUACGGGUCCUUGUCCAGACAGAAUCAUCUAGUACUAACUCUGUUGCAGUGUUAUCUGAAAAAAGUGUAAAUGACAUGACCUGGCACUUUGUUAUAAUAGAUGUCGCACACGAUUAUAUAAGAAUAAGUGUUGACUACGAUGAUGAGCAAUUUGCCUUGUCAAGCCCCUUUGAGGAGCAUAUUGAUUUCUUAGGAACAUUGUAUGUAGGUGGAGUCAUCCACAGAGGUAGGUCUUUGGCCUUCAGUUCAGACCUAUCUUCAAUCACUCAUGCCAGUAUGGGAGGCUCGCUUAAGGGCUGUCUAAGAGAUAUCGAGCUGAACGGAGUACAGUUUGCUCUUGGAGACUCCCAUGCAACACAUGGAAUUCUUGUCGGAUGCCUGUAUGAAUUUCCUUGUUCUCUGGAUCCGUGUGGAGAAAACGGCAGAUGCAUGGAGACCGGUCUUUCUGACUAUAAUUGUGAGUGCCUUGGAGAUGCAUGCCCUACCACUCCCAUGAUAAAGCCAACAUCGGGAGGAAUUGAUACAACUGCUGCUGCAUCUACUACAACUGAAACGAUUACUACUCCAGAACCAACUACACCAGAACCAACCACUUCCACUUUUCAAAUUCUUACAGUGGAUGCAUUGUCAGUGAUGGAAGGUGGAGGUGCUCUGAUGACAACGGUUAACAUCCGUCUGAAUGUUAACCUCAGGGAAUAUAAUCUUCGACAGUCACAGGUGUUGUUUAAAAUGGCCCAGUACCCAGAAUUUGGAGUGAUUGAAAAAGAUGUUCUGAGAAAAGGAAGUUCCAGAGUGCAGUUCACUUUCUUGGAUUUACAAACGGGUAAAAUCAGCUAUGUCCAUGAUGGCUCAGAAAACUUUAAAGAUCAGGUUAUAUUUGAUGUCGUCUUCAGUGGAAAACAAGACCCAGUUCCAGGUAUUACAGAAGAUUUCAAUUUCACGCUGCCCAUCAGAAUUACACCUGUCAAUGAUCCUCCUGAGAUAACUGUUGCAGGUGACAAUACUUUUAGGAUGAUCAGAGAUACAAGAAGAGUACUGCGGGCAGAGUUUCUCCAAGUCAUCGAUCCAGACAACCUUCCAUCAGACCUGAUUAUAACCAUAGUGAGUCAACAAGGCAAUGUAGGUUAUUUUGAACAUGGAGGAAAUCGUGGCGAAAGCAUUACAGAAUUUACCCAAGAGGAUAUUGAUGUGGGCAACAUAGCAUAUGUUCACACUGGCCCUCUUCCAAAAUCCAGGAUUGUGCUAAGAGCUGCAGAUGGUGAGGCUAAAAGUGGACUGGCAUCAUUUCGAAUUGAGUCUGCUGAACUAGCUCUUGAAGUUGCCAACCUUACAGCAGUCAGAACUAACCCUUCUGCUUCACAGAUCAUUAAUCUUUCCAAUCUGAAUGUGAUUACCAAUGACCCAGAGGAUAUGUUUGAAGUGACUUAUCUGAUUACUACUCCACCAAGGCUUGGUGAAGUACAAAAGCUUUAUCCGUCAGGAGAAUGGGCAGAUUCAAGUGAGUUCAGUCAAUCAGAUAUGAUCAUGAAUCAUGUUAGAUAUUCUGCUUCCCGGGCUACUGAAGAAUCAGAAGUGUCUUACGAUCAGAUUGGAAUUACUGCGAGAAGUGAAACUGUCAACAAACCAGGGAUAUUUCUUCCCAUUCAGAUUGUAGUGACUUCUGUUGAAGUGACUACAAACACUGGUCUGGUGUUGGAUGUUAUCAGCGAGGGGUUUAUCACAUCUCAGAACCUGUCAUCGGAAGCCACUCAUGUCCUGGAUGGCUCGCCCAUAUUAUACCAGGUAGUACGAUCUCCAGUCAAAGGUGACAUCAUGAAGCAUCUUGUUGGGAAAAUAGCAGAAAGUCAGACCUUUUCUCAAGAUGAUAUUGAUGCUGGCCUCAUCACCUAUCGUCUCAAAAACAAGGUUUAUACUGCCUUCAAUGACACUUUCAUUUUCCGUGUCACUGUAUCCAAUGCUCAAACCAGCGCCAAAGAAUUCAUGAUAAAAUAUUUUCCUGACUCCCAGCAGGUGGCUGUCACCAAUAACGGCUUUGUUGUACAGGAAGGAGGUUCACACACCUUGGUAGCCUCAGAUUUGUUUUUAGAAUCCUCAGCCACAUCAGACUUUUCCUAUACAAUCACAUCAUCUCCACUGCAUGGAAGAUUGCAGAUGAUAGAUCCUGCCUCAGGUAGCAUUGUUGUUAUUCAGAAUGUGUCAUCUUUUCUGAAUUUAGAUAUAACGAGAGGUGCACUCCAAUAUGUUCAUGAUGAUUCUGAGACACUGUAUGACUAUUUUGAUGUAAAUGCAACCGCCUCUUUCAACGAUAGAUUUGGACGUAGGAAACAAGCCAACUGGAUGGGAAGAAUAAACAUUUCAGUCGAGCUGCUGAAUGAUAAUACACCUCGACGUGUCAUUGACAAGGUGUUUAAUGUUAUAAAGAAUGGAAGGACUGUCUUGACUGGAGAAGAUAUCUUGUACACCGAUGAAGACUCUGAUUUUGAUGAUGAUGAUCUGAUAUACACCCGCCAGAAAAUCAAUGCAGGAGAUCUCGUGAAGACAAACAACCCAUCAGAAUCUCUCUUGAAAUUCUCACAGAGGGAUCUCCUUGCAGGCAAAGUCACAUUUAAACACCAAGGAAAUGUUGAGCAGACACGAAUGCUAUUUCUCGUCCUUGAUAAAAAUAGGAAACAUUACGUUGCUGGUUUUCUGCAAAUCCAAGCAAUUGAGUCACAUGUCAGUGUAGCAGUUAACACUGGUCUUCAGGUUGCCAAAGGCGAGGGUGAAAUAAUAACCAGUGCAAAUCUAACAGCAGAGACAAAUGUCAAUGUCAAGGCUAGAAAUAUUGACUUCCAGGUUACAUCAGGCCCUAUGUAUGGUGUUCUGAAAGCAGAAGGGGUUGCCAUCCAACAGUUCACACAAGAAAGCCUUGAUAGUGGUGCAGUAUCUUAUCACCAUAACAACCAGAGCAGUGAUGUCAUUGAUUCCUUUAAUUUUACAGUAUCUACAAAAGGACUUGAAAGUCAGGGCGAGUUUGUGAUUAGGAUUCUAGUUGCAAGCAAGGAGCAGUUGCCAACAGUGGAGAAAAUGGAACCUGUUCUGAUGGAGGUAGGAAAGGAAGUAGUUUUUACUAAGUUGAACUUAAAGAUUUCUCACCCCAAUCACCUUGCAACAGAGAUGGUAUACAGGGUUAUCUCACCUCCCAAGUAUGGAGAGUUAAGACUAAAGAAUGAAUAUGGCAUCAUCAUCAAGAGAUCGCCACCACUUGAAGAGGAGUCAGAACGGAAACGAAGGGAGACUGUUGAUUCUGCCAUGACCUUCACUCAACAAGAUGUCAGCAGAGGACAUGUGAGCUACAUACAAACAGAUUAUUCACAGCUUAUUGAUGAGUUUUCCUUUGAAGUCAGUAAUGGUUAUGUGACCCUACAAAACCUAACAAUGACCAUUGACAUUGCUCCAGCGAUUGUUCCACUUGACGCUCAUGAUUUCUCUGUCCUUGAGGAGCGAUCUAAGACCAUCACAAAGGAUAUUAUAAGGGUUGGACACCCAUUGUACGAACCACUUCACUUCAGUGUCCAUAUUUUGAAGAGUCCAUUGCAUGGAAUCAUUGAGAACACAAGGCAACCAGGUGUUAACCUGAAGUCCUUCACAACUCAAGACAUUGAGAAUGAAUUUAUAUACUAUGUCCAUGACGGGUCAGAGCAAGCGUGGGAUCACUUCACGAUCAUGUUUAACAAUUCGGAGGGGAAGCAAAGUGAUGCCCACACCAUCAACAUCACCAUUAUCCAGAUAAACGAUCAGCCACCGAUGGUUGAUGUCAACGAGGGGCUUGCUGCAAUCAUGGGGGCAAUUACUCCUAUAACAAAUGCUUCCUUGAGUGCCUCUGAUCCUGAUACACCAGAUACUAACUUGACCUACACCAUCACCAAUCCAGGAAAUGGCAUGUUGGUGUACCGGAGGAAUAGGGAAGAAUCUAUUCUCUCAUUCUCUCAGGCCGAUAUAAACACUAGAGAUGUUCUCUUUGUUCAUCAAGGAUCCAGAACUGGUGGGUUUCGUUUCCAAGUUACCGAUGGUGUUCAUACUACCCAGCAGCAGAUCUUCUCCAUCAGAGCGUCCCCUCUUCUCCUGGUGCUUGCAAACAAUUCCCAGCUAACGGUAACAUGGGGAACUAUUCAACCAAUCACAAUGGAGCAUUUGCUUGUGGUGACCAAUGAAGACCCACCUACUGAUCUUAGUCGACCAAUCACAUAUGUUAUUACUACCAACCCUGUUAGUGGUGAGAUCGUGAAGAUUCUUUCCAGGGGUUCUUCAGCAGUUGACGCCUUGAGCUAUUCAACAGUAUCAGUUUUUACCCAAGAGGAUAUUGACAAUGGUUUGAUAGCCUUUAAACAUGAUAAUUCAUCCACCCUUUCAGAAGACAGCUUUCAGUUAAAUGUCUUUCUCCCACUUUCACAAAACCUUUCAAAUAUUAUUUUUGAACUCCACAUUCCAUAUGAAGCCUCCCCUACAACCCCUUUGCCUACUUCCACUACCAUGUCUGUACCAAAUUCAACAAUGGCAGUUGAAGCGGAUUCAGGAAUCAUCAAUACAGGGAUUGAAGUAUCUGAGGGGGAGAGUGUGACAAUCACGGCAGAUAACCUUGAUGCAAACAUCCUUUUGGAAGGACUAUCAGGGUAUGUACAGUAUACAGUGACAAAAGCGCCUAAACAUGGAUUUCUCAGCUUAUCUGGAAGGAACAUAACUACUGGAGGUUCCUUUAUCCACAACGAAAUGUCUACACAGGAGUUGGUGUACACCCAUGACCAUUCAGAUACACUCAGCGAUUCCUUCAACUUCUCGGCAUCCAUCAAGUUAUUUGGACCAGCAGCAGCUUCUGCGGAAGGAGCAGUAACACCAAGUGCAGAGGGUAUCUUCAAGGUAAAGGUCUUGCCUGUCAAUGAUCAGACAUUUGUUGUUGUGACAGCUUCCUUGAGGAUGUCUAUAGUGCAAGGUGAACAGGUUGUAUUCAAUGACCACUUUCUCAACAUCACAGAUCCAGAUAAUCCACCAUCAGAUCUCGAGUAUAAGAUCAUACAAGGGCCAACCAAUGGAAAGAUCGUCUUCAUUGACAAUCCCGGUGUCAGUGUCAAGACUUUCACGCAAGACGAUAUCAACAGGGACCUGCUGCAGUUCAUCCAUGAUGGAGGAUCGACCCUUGGAGCAUUCACAUUCAGAAUCAACGAUGGCAAGCACUAUCAGAUCAAGCAGUUCUUCAUUGAUGUUAUUCCACGUGUUCUAACCUUGACUGCUGUGGCACCUCUUGUUCUUACUCAAGGAGACACCAUGGCUAUCUUGUCUUUUGAACAUUUGAACAUAUCCAGUAAUGGCAAUGCAUCCACUUCAUACUACAAUAUCUCAAGUCCAGCUAGCUUUGGCGAAAUCAGAAUGAAUACUGUCCCAGUGAUGCAGUUUACUCAGAGUGAUAUUGAAUUGGGAAUGGUAGAAUAUCACCAAAUUGACAUGGCAUCUGAUCAAGACAAUCUCCAACUGACAUUGUUUGAUGAUUACAAUAUUAUACCUGGUAUCUAUCUUAAUAUUACCGUGGAACCCUUGAUUGAUAUUAAUAGCAUUGAAGCAUCAAGUGGAAGCGAUGUACCAAUAAUGAAAUCAAAUUUAGAUGCGACAUUGCUAGCGAAUAAGACUGGAAAGUUCCCCUUUUUUACCAUCCUUGAGGCUGCAGAAUUUGGAGUGGUUGUAAAUACAACCUCAGAUGAGGAACUCCAUAAGUUUUAUUUCCAUGACCUUGACAUGGGAGAUAUUGUUUACAGGGCUGAACGUUUAGACAUUGCAGAAAAUGAUACUUUAGGUGAUAACAUCACCUUAUUGCUACAAACUGAGGGGUCACAACCUGUGAGUGUAAUUGUUGGAGUUGUGAUUGGGCCUGCAGUUAUCGAGAGCACCACCCAGCUUCCAACAACAACAACAGAGGCAACAGUUAGAAUGAAUAUAUUUGACCGCGGGGAACUGCCAAUCGACAAGCCUAUUGAAGAUGAUGGUUUAACAACAGAGUCAACAUCCCUUGAGGGUGGAGGUCCCAGUGCCAAAGCCGUUGAUAACAAAGGACCAUCAUCUAUCAUAUACAUUGCUCUUUCAAUCGUGGCUAUCUUUGUCAUUGUUGUAAUCAUCAUCAUUUUCAUUCUCUGGAGGAGGCGUCAUCGAAAGAAAGGGGAUGAGAAGCCAGGCCCCCCACCUCCUAUACAGGAGAACUUACCAGAGACGGUCACAUCAGCUCCUGUUAUAGCCCCAGAACCGUCUCAGACUUCCCAGGCCACGCCCUCUGAGAGAUCCUACGAUAGCAGUGCAGUGACCCAACCAAUGAUUAGAAGGCCCAUUCAGAGUCCCAUGGUUCCACAGGUCAAAGUAACUCCCCUGGGAAGGCCCCCAUCGCCCGUCAACUCUUAUGCAAGCCUCACCUCUAAUGGAACCUUCCAAUCAUUUUCUAACUGGACAGGGUGUGACCCAAAAAUGGCUGCUCCUCAUCAGACACGAUCAAAAAGCCCCACCUUGAAGAAAAGUCAGUACUGGGUUUAAAUUUGCGAGGAGUUUUUUUGUCUGACUGAUAUUGAGCUAUCUUUAUUUAUUUGUAUAUUUUUACAUUGUAAAUUAAUUUAAUAGUGCUUUUAAAGUGCUUAAUUAGAAUGGUGCUGCAACAAGUUUUUAAAUGUUUUUUAGGAGCCGGAGUUCAACUCAUAUUGAUGUACAUAUUAUUGGGUCUCAUGCUAUCCAAAUGUAAAUUUAUACCCGUUGAUAAUCAUUUUUCUAUGCAUCUCAUGUUCUGUUAUUCAAAUCUCAAAACACAUUUACAAAUACGCAACUUUUCAAGUACCCCCCCCCCCUUCAUCCAUGUCCUCUUUCACUCUGUUAGUAAUGCAACAUGAGAUAGCUAAAUGUAUAUCAGACUAGUUGCCAUGCAGGCAGAAAGAUGAAUACUUUACAAUUGUAAAUUUGUUACAUUUUUUGGCUUUAGACUUAUAUUUAAACCUAACACUUGAUGUGGUAAAUAUCAUAAUCAACCAAUCAUAUAAUUGUUAUAUAGUAAACAAUGAAAUCACUCAAGCAUUCUAUACAAUCCAUAGGAUGCAAUGCGCACAGAAUUGAAUGCGAGACGAUUUCAUGUAUUUCUCAACCAAUCAAUCAACCUGGAUUGCAUAUUAGGAGUAUGCAGAACCUUGAAAUUGUGCCUAGCUUCCCAUAAGCUAGAUUAUAUGGAGGCCUAUUCUCCAAUUAUACCUUUGGAUAAAGCAUAUCUGUUAGAUUAUUAGAAAUUUUGAAAACCUAGAGGGCUAGAGUUUAAAGGUAUUUGCUAACAUUGAUUUGACUGAGCUGCGAGGUCCCACUUGUCACCUGCACCUGUGAUGUGUUACAAAAAUGAAGCCCAGAAAAAAAUCGCGUCCGAAAAUCAUUAUUAAGUGCUUCAAAAAAGUGAAAUAUAAAGUGACCGGGAAUACCAUCUUAAUUUCAUCCAUAUACUUAUGUGUUCUAUUAUUAUCAGCAUGAUAGAAAUUACACAAAACCAACAAUUAUAACUUAUAUCAAAAGGAUUUCUUUCGAUUUUUUGUUUUUUAGAGUUUUUAGGUUGACAGAAAGGCAUUCAUGUACAUAUUUCAUCUCUCCUUUGAUAUUUUUUUUACAAUAUGAACCUUAAGAGAAUGGGUUUUUAUGUAUGACCAUUGCGUGAUUUACAAUUUUGAAUGUGAUUUGCAAAUUAGCGUAUGUCAUCUCAAGCUACAGUUUGUCACUUGAAUGUGAUUUUAAGGAUGUUUGGCCAUAAUCAUUUAUUGUUACAAGAGCGGUAGUAGUCAUCAUAGGCGGAUUGGGGGGCCCGGCACCCCCCCCCCCUAUUGGCGGAGCAAAAAAGGGAAAGAAAAAAAAA